AUGGUUUCGAUGUCGCCAGUGAAUUAUGCUGGGCUGGCUUUGUACUUUGUCACUCUUGGAGUUUCCAUGGUGGCUUCCUACCGCGAGUCAAGCCCGGCAAAGCGCGUCGUCUCCCUGGGGCUUAUUGCUAUCACAUGGUUCUUCAUUUUACGGUUUUCACUCUUGUAUCCGACAACAGAGUGGUACCAACAAGGUUUGAAUUUGUUUGAUGUGGCUUACGCAGAUGUUAUUUGGGGAGGCUCAGAGGGCAGCUGGUCGUGGACACAGAUGCUGCUUUGCUGGGCCGUUGUGGCAACUGUGUGGACGCUCGAGUCUCCUUUGCACUAUCAACUGUUCGGCUUGUUUGGCGCCAUGUCAGGAAGCUACUGUUUGAUUCGGCUGGAGAGUGAGCCCUCGCAGCACGUGCCUGCAUCGUUGCUUGUUGCCACCCUCCUGGCGUUUGUAUGUGUCUGGAUGUUGCCCAAUACUUUGACGAUGCGAGAGCUCAGCUGGUGGCUUUGGGGCUUGCAUGCCUGUUUGAUAUGGCCCAAAAUGCUAUCGUUUGGUUGGAAGAUUGACCGAGGGGUUCUUUACAUGGUCCUUGCAUUCUUGAGCUUUGCCACUCACGUGACAUCCUCAAGAAUCUUAAGCCCUUGGCCCACCUCUGACUGCCAAAUCUCUAUCUCGGUGGAUGUCUUGGCCAGCUCUGGUCUGACACUGGCCUUCAUUGGGAGUCAGAGCCCCUUUUGGGUUCUCCCCGUUUGGACAGUGCUCCUUUACUUAGCCUCCCCUGGCUUUGUGCUGGGGGCCUUCUGCGGGCUCCAGCAUAUGCGGCCUUUGCGCUCCAGUCUUGUGGUGACUUUGCAGCACCAGGGAGCCCAGCUUCUGCGCUCGUGGUUCCCCGCAGAGGCUGAUGCCACUCCCGCGGAUGCCUCGUGGAUGAACUUGGGCUAUUGGCAGUCCGCUCAGAGCUACGACGAGGCCUGCUGCAACUUGGCGGAGCUGGUGGCAAGGAAGGCAGGCCUGAAGGAAGGAAAAGGCUCCAAAGGCUCAACAGAAGGAAAGCCGAAGAUACUCUGCGUGGGCUGCGGGCCAGGUGCGGAAUUGCACCUCUUCCAAUCGCUCGGAGCUUGCGCAGAGGGCUUGGAUGUCCACGGAGCGCCAGGCGUCCGAGUCGGCCGGGCCGAGAGCAUGGCCUCCGGAGUGAACCGUAUCCGCUGCCGGGAAUACUCAAAGAUUCUAGCCGUGGAUUCCAUGUACCACUUUGACAAGGCAAGAUUCCUGAAGGAGUGUGCCAAGUUAAUGCCUUCGUCUUUGACCUAUACCGACAUCGUUCUGAGGAAUGGGGCACCUGUGUGGGUUCGUCUUAUGCUCUGUGCCAUGGACAUAGAGUGGAAGAAUCAUUGGACGGAGCCGGAGUAUCGUCUUUACCUGAGCGACUGGGAGGCCACCAUCCAGUCCCUGGAACCUCAAGUGCUGGCAAGGAACCCGCUGCUCCCCAGAUUCCUGACCAAACACUUGGACUAUGUGCUGGUCCACGCCAAGCCGAAGACACUUGCACGCCCAACCUGCGCCGUCAUUGGCAGUGGAAUGAGCGGCCUCAUCAGUGCCCAUCUGUUGGAGGAAACCCAUGAGGUGGUGAUCUUCGAAGCGGGGCCACGUUGCGGCCUAGUUGGCUUGCAGCAAGACCUUGCGGGGGUGGCAGUGGAUGUCCCUUUGAGGUUCAUGAUGCCACACUACUACACGCAGCUUCUGAAAGUGAUCAAUACUCUUGGCGUGCCUACCAAGGCAGUGCCAUACAAUGCCUCCUAUCAGAAUGGCGCCAACAUGCUCUUGGUGACCUCGACAGAUUGGGCAGGGCACAUCCUGCAACACAUACGAUAUGUGCCAUACUUGGCUAUGCUGAUGUUCACCGUGUUCUUCCGGCAAGAGCUUCCGAAUGAGACCUUUUUGGAAUAUAUGCAGCGCCACCACCUUCAUGAGCAUGAGGCCUACAGAAUCUACAGCCUGCACUUGAGCUGGAUGCUGUCUUGCACAUAUGAGCAAGCAAACAAUACACCUGCUGGUGUGGUUCUUGGGUUCAUCAGGGCCAGCAACCCCUUUGUUCGCAUGUAUCAGUCGAGCGGCAACAUUCUCCGACUUUAUCCAAGCAUGCGGGCUUUGCAGGAGAGGCUUUUGCAGGGCAAAAACCUGAAAGUGAACUCUCCCGUCUCCCCCUUUCAUGGCAGCAGAUGCAUUGAUGGCGUCACUUACGAUGUGGUAAUUGUGGCAACGGACGCGCCAGCUGCUGGGUAUUUGCUUGGGGGCGAGUGGCAGGAAAUGCUUUCUCAAAUCCACCACCACACGGGCCGCAUCGUGGUCCACAAGGAUCCAGAUUUGAUGCCCUGCAAGAGGGAGCAUUGGCGCACAUUCAACAUCCGAGAGGAUGGUCCGAAUGGCACUUGCCAAAUCACGGUGUGGCUCAACAAGUUCUGGGACAGGAAUGACCUGGAAGAAGAUUUGUUUGAGACCUGGAACCCAGCACAAAUGCCCCGGUCAGAUUUAAUGAUCAAAGAUGUGGAACUCGCAAGGGCGACUUACACUCGUUCCAUGCAUAAACUAUGGCCCUGGAUCCAGGGCAGACAGGGCAAGGAUGGCUUCUAUGUUGCCGGGGCCUACGCAGUGGAGGGCAUGAGCUUGCUGGAACAAGCUUGCGUGUCUGCGAUAAUGGCAGCAAAUGCCGUCCAGCAUGCUUCCCAUCAUAUCGGCGAUGAGCAUCCGAGCUGCUCAGGGUUUGUAGACAAGAAGCAUCAAUAG